GGGGGCGGGACCUGAGGGGGACACGCAUGCGCAUAGGAAGGUCCGCCUUCACCCCGGAACUGUUGUUUCGGGUUUGGCGGAGCACGGGGUCCCACAGAGUGUGCCCAGCCGGAAGUGGCCGCUCAGGGCCUGGGGCCGGGAUUAGCGUGCGGAGCCUACCGCGGGGGCUAACUAAUUAGGAAUCAGGAUGGAGGCCGUGGCGACCGCAGCGGCGGCCAGGGAACCUGAUGAAGACUGCACACAGCCUGGUUCUGGGCAUUGGGGAGAGCCGAGCUGGACGCUGGUCCCACCCAAACCCCAGGACAAGGUGGAAGCCGCAGAGGGACCACCAAGGGCCCCGGAUGAUGACCCCCCUGGGCCUGAGAACGCGGCGGUGAGUGCCAUGCUGCGUGCUGUGGCCGCCAGCCGCCUACCAGUGUGCAGCCAGCAGCAGGGCGAGCCUGACCUCACCGAGCGGGAGAAGGUGGUCAUCCUGAGCCAGCUAUACCAUGAGAAGCCGCUGGUGUUCCUGGAGCGCUUCCGCACGGGCCUCCGCGAGGAGCACCUGGCCUGCUUUGGCCACUUGCGCGGCGACCAUCGUGCAGACUUCUACUGUGCUGAGGUGGCCCGGCAGGGCAGUACCCGACCCCGCACCCUGCGUACCCGCCUGCGUAACCGGCGCUACGCUGCCCUGCGUGAGCUCAUCCAAGGCGGUGAGUACUUCAGUGACGAGCAGAUGCGGUUCCGGGCCCCACUGUUGUAUGAGCAGUACAUUGGGCAGUACCUAACCCAGGAGGAGCUCAGUGCCCGCGCCCCGGCCCACCAGCCGCCCAAGCCAGGCGCCCUCGGCACCCCUGCCUGCCCGCUCUCUGACCUCCUGCUCCAGUCCUACCAGGAGCGGGAGCUGCAGCAGCGGCUGCUCCAGCAGCAGGAGGAGGAGGAGGCCUGCCUGGAGGAGGAGGAAGAGGAGGAGGACAAUGAUGAGGAAGACCAGAGCCCCAGCAAAGACUCGGAGUCCUGGGUACCCGACUCGGAAGAGAGGCUGAUCCUGCGGGAAGAGUUCACCAGCCGGAUGCACCAGCGCUUCCUAGACGGCAAGGACGGGGACUUUGACUACAGCACCGUGGACGACAACCCCGACUUCGACAACCUGGACAUCGUGGCGCGGGAUGAGGAGGAGAGGUACUUUGACGAGGAGGAGCCAGAGGAUGCGCCCAGCCCAGAGCUGGAUGGGGACUGAUGGCUGUGGCCGCCCACCCCGCCCGUGACUCCGUCUAGGGGACAGCCUCGCUGGCUCUGGUGCCAUCCCCACCGAUUCCCUGCCCCCUCUGCGUGCGGGGUUCCCCACCUUGCCCCCCGCCCAGCUCCACCUUGGUCUCUCGCUGUCUCUCUGGCUCACUCGCUUUUUCUCCCUGCAUUUCUGUCUCUUGCUUUCUGCAUCCCUCUCCCUCUUUCUGCACCUCACCGUCUUUCCUCUCUGCCUUUCUCCAUCCCCUUCCCUGUCCCUGUGCCUUUGUCCCCAUGACAGGGCCCAGGCUGAACACCUCCCCUUGACUGAGGCCAUCAGGCCCUUUGUAGCUGGUGCCCACCAAGUGGACAUCAAUGCCCAAUGGGGUCCAGGUGAGCCCCUGGCUUCACCCUGGCCUCUGCCCAUUUCUCCCCCUCUGUGCUGAUGCAGCUCAUGCCUCCUUGCUCCCGGUUCAUUCCUAUCUCCUUCAGCCCCCCUCUAGGCCUCUGGUUUUUCCCACCUGUCCGCUCCCAUCUCGGCCUCCAUGCUGCCUCUGGCCCUCCGUCUGCCCCUCAGCCUUUCUUUUUCUGGUUUCUUUGUCAUCCCCCACCCCACCGGCCUCGCUGCCGAUGCCGAGGAAGGCGGCCUCGCUGGGCUGGCUACCAGCUGUCACCUCUCCCUCAGGACCCAGACUUGGGAGGGGGGCGCAGGGGCAGCACCAGGGCCAUGGGCCUGCUGGCUUGGGUGUGGCAGGAGGGGGCAUGGGAACGGGGGCUCUCCCCUCUCAGCCCCACUGGCCCCUCUCUUUCCCCAGCCGCAACGUUCCUUCCUUCCCUUCUUCUGCCUCCUUCUCCAUCUCUUGUUUACACUCCCCAAAUACGUACAGGCUGUUAUCAUGGGUCCUGAGUCAUCCCACACACAGCCUGCCCCAGCGUCCCUGCCCCCCA